UCCUCAAACAGUUUCCGGGGGACAGGGUACCAGCAGCAACAGCAGCAGAACCACCAGCAGCAGCCAUGGCGGAUCAGCUGCUGGAAACAGUGGAGCGACUUCAGUCCCGGAUACAGGACAACCCGGAGCCCCGAAAGUUACUGAAGACUCUCAAGAGACUGGGAGAAGUGCAGAUGACUGUGGACAUACUGGUGAGAACUGGAGUGGGCAAAACUGUGAACUCCUUCAGGAAACAUGACUACGCAGGAGAGCUGGCGAAAAGCCUGGUAGCCAAGUGGAAGAAGCUGGUUCCUCAGACUGCAGACAGACCCAACAGUCACCCCAAACCAGCUCCCCAGUCCCACCACAGGUCCUACACAGAGCCGUCCCCUGAGGAACAGCGCUCCUACGUGGAGGAAGAGGAGGACGAGGAGGUGGAGGAGGAAGAGGAGAUGGUGUACCACUCAAACUACUCCCCCUCUCCUCCUCAGCAGCAGCAGUACAGCCCCCCGCAGCGAGGCGGCUACGAGUCAGAGGAAUACGAGCCGGAGCCGAGCCCUCCUCCUCUUCCUCCUCCUCCUCUUCCUCCUCCCCGUAAGGAGAUCCGCCACAGCAAACCGAGCAAGAACCAUCACCACAGAGACGAAGAGCGGUGGCAGGCGGGCAGCGACCGAGGAGGAGGGAAGAAACGGAGCGCCGACCGGGAGAGGACCGACAGUCCGCCGCCGCAGAAGAAACACAGCAGGAAGUCGACGCCGCACGACACCAAGAAGGAGGAGAAGAAGAAAGGAGGAGAGGACGGUCGACCCCGACCACCGAAGGACCCCCCCCCCUCCAAGGAGGACGACGAUGACUUCGAGGCGCACACCAUGUCCUUCGAGUCGUUCCUCACGUACGACGCGCCGACUCCUGUCAAGAAGAAGAAGAAGCAGCAGCCGUCGUCCUCCUCUCACAGCAGACCAUCUCAGUCCUCCUCCGGUUCGUCUUCGCGUCAGAACAGAACGGCGGCCUCCUCUUCCUCCUCUUCCUCCUCUUCCUCUAAAGCGAAUAAAGCGAACGGAUCUCAGAGCUCCAAAAGGAGUCACUCCGACUCCAGGUCUUCAGAACCCAAACCAGAGAAACGCAAACGGGUUGUGGAGGCUCUUCCGACGCUCCCAGACAUCCCGCUCCCAGCGAUCCAGCCCAACUACAGGCCUCUGCCCUCCAUCGACACGCCGCUGUCGCCUCAGCGCCGCAAAGUUCCCGUGUUCAACGACGAGGAGGACGCAGGCUUCACCGGGAAGCGCUUCAACUCCAAGAUGGUGGUCUACUCGGGGUCGAAGACGUCCUACCUGCCCAGGAUGAUGACCCUGUAUGAGCAGUGCAUCCGGGUUCUGCAGAACAACAUCGACUCCAUCGCCGAAGUGGGCGGAGUCCCCUUCGAGAUCCUGGAGCCGGUUCUGGAGCGAUGCACUCCUGAGCAGCUGUACCGGAUCGAGCAGAGCAACCAGUGCUUCACUGAGGACUCAGACGAGCUCUGGAUGCGUCACUGCCGGCGGGACUUCAAGCGCGAGUCUCCCCAGGAGUUCGAGUCGUGGAGGGAGAUGUACCUGCGACUGCAUGACGAGCGCGAGGAGCGGCUCAGGUUGCUCACCCAGAACAUCAGCUCUGCCCACGCCAACAAACCCAAAGGACGGCAGGUUAAGAUGGCGUUCGUGAACUCAGUGGCCAAACCGCCGCGGGACGUCCGCCGCCGCCAGGAGAAGUUUGGAACCUCCAGCAGUUCGUCAUCGACCUCCACCGCAGCUGCUUCCCCCAUCAAAAUAAAACCAGCAUCCUCUGACUUUGCUGGUGACUCCAGUCACUCCUCUUCACAUUUCAGCUCUCCAGCGGGUUCGUCCCGCUCUUCAGCGCCGCCUGGAGGAGGAACUGUUCAUCCCGGCCGGGAAAAGCCACAAGUCAAAAGUGAAAAUUGCCCCCAUGAUGGCGAAAACCAUCAAAGCGUUCAAGAACCGAUUCUCCCGCCGGUAGUCUGCCAGAAUCCGAAGGAAGGUUUUAAUUUAAUUGUAGCUGCUUUUUUCCUCCAGACACACACGGCAUAAACUUCACGGUACUGCUGAGAACACGGCUUCCUUUCUGCAGCUUUUUCAGUAUUUCCCUCCGGUGCCGACAGCACACAGACACAGGUGGACAUCUUUAACCGCUGGAACGUUUUCACCGUUUGGGAACUGUAGAUGUUAGAUGGUUCUGCUUUUCUGAGCUGAGCACAAAAACUAGAAACAAACGUGGAACCAGAGAACGCGUCGGUUUGUAGAUGUGAACAGAAUCAGCAUCGGCUGGAACCAGCUCUUCGGGUUUGAUCUGGGUGACUUUCAGAAAAUCAUGCUUUGCUGCAGAAAAAUUAUGAUUUACGGAGAUUAAUACAGAGAAAUAUGAUUUCAUUUAUUUUAUCCCAACUCCCUAUUUGUAUUAAUUGUGGUUCUGAUCUCUGUCUGGACCAGCUGGCCUGCCUGGUAGAAGCAAAAUAACGUCCUGUUGGUAGAUGGUAUUAAUUGGAUGAGGUUGUGGAGAACAGGAGUCCAGUCGUCUCUGUGGAACCAAACGUCCUGCGGCGGUCCGCUCCAUCUCAUAUCUGGAAUCAUCUUUUUUAAAAAGGACAAACUGGAACGACAUGAGAUGCUUAACGAGCAAAAUGACCCGUUUUAAGGGUUUUUUUAUCUUAAACUUCAGUUUCAACCUUUUUUAAAAAUCUUAUUUAAAAUCAUAAUUUGAAGACAGAUGAUCUGGUGAAGAGCUCUGUUACCAGCAGCCUGUCAGGAUUUAUCUCAUAUUUUAUUAAUUAGUAAAAAUGCUUUAGGAAAACUGUCUGGUUCCCAGAGAGCUGUUUGCUGAAAUAGUUUUUUAUCUGCUGCUUGGCCCAACUCUUCUUCUUUGGUUUCCUCUUGCUAUCUGAGGAAUUUAACUACUUUUCAUGAUAUUCCCAGAGAUGAAGAACAAGAACCGGAUCAUAAAGGGUCUUAGAAGAACUUAUGUUUAAAGGAGUAGAAGAAAGCCUGGUUUCCUUGGAGGACUGGCUCAUUAAAGAAAACCAGUUUCCUGUUUGGAAGCAGCUAAACUUUCCAGCACAGAUUGCACAAAACCUUGAUUUGAAAAUUAGCCUUAUGAAGGUUGCAGCUGUCUGACUCAUCUGGACGGCCGUAUGUUAGGAAAACGCACCUGCAAACAGGAAAUCCUACAGGUUCUUUAUUUUCCUGGCUCUCUGCUGCUCACUCAUCAGUGGGAUUUUUUAUGUUUUUAAGUAUUUUAACAGACAGGAGAGAAACAUUGAGCAUCUUGAGAUGAACCCGACUUUCCUCUGGCUCCAGAUCAUCAAUCUACCAGAAUAAUACUGUGAAUUCAAACAUUAUUAUAAAUAUAUGGGUAACAACGCGCCUCUGGCCUCACAGAGACACAUCUGUCAUGUUGCGUACAGAAGAGAAAGAUGAAUUUUAAAAGUGUCAGGCUAGCAGUUUCCAUCUGUUUUCAGUCUUUGUGCUAAGUUAAGCUAACAAACGGCAAUUGGAUCAGACACCUGCUUUGUCUCUUCAAAGAAAACAAGUUGAACUUUUUCUUUUUAAGGUACUUUUGAUUAAAUGAGCUCUCGUUUCUUUUCCUUUCUGACCAAAUGACACUAAACCUUCCUGCUGGUCGCUUCAUGGCCACUGGGGAGCCGUCGUUGUUAGGAAACCGAGCCGUUCAGAUGUGAUCCUGUAAUUCCUGGUGAUGUUUCAGUGUGUGUAUAGGGAGGAGGGCUGAACUGUAAGCAGAAACACACACCCUGCUGUCUUAUUUUUACCUCUGCUGUGGCUUCAGGUCCUGUUCUCCCCCUGCUGGAAGUCUGUUUCUGUCUGCUUCACUGUGACAAACUGUUUCUAAUGAGGGAAGUUCAUAGGACCUUUGCGGCUUCAGCCCUUCAUCACCAUGAGAUGUAUUUAUUUUCAGAAAUGGGACCUGGUACCCUCCCUGCAACACGGGCUCCAGUAGAUGGAAAACUGUAAUUUUAUUAGAUUUUAAUAAAUGUUAUGUGGUCAUUUUUAUUAAAAUUGACUUUUGCCCUGACAAAC